AUGGCUAAACGUAUUCAAAAACCUACUAUUACUGUUUCUACUGAUAUUGAUGGAAAUCAAGAGACUAAUAUUACAAAUGAUGAAAAUAAUAUGACAAUCGAAGAAACAUAUCAUGGUAAAGGUAGGUAUGAAUAAAACAUAGAUCGAGACGUCAUUUAUUAUGAUUGACAAUUAUAUGAGAAUAGAUCGAGGUUAACUGAUUUUUAAUAAACUUUGAUUGAAAGUCUAUUUAUGAAACAAAAUAGAAUUUUCAUUGAAUAGAACAAUUAGCAUUAAAUAAAAAAACGAGCUACUGUUAUUAUUCUUACAUUAGAUAUGUUAUGAAUGGUACGAUGUAAAAAAAAAAAAAACAAAGAUCUACAAAUUCUUUUACAUUUAUUUUUCUGCUUGAUUCUCUUCUUCAAUCUUAUGCAUAAUUUUAGUCUCUUUUUUUUUGUCUUUUAUGCUAAUCGAUUACAUUCUUUGAUAGAGUUAUUUUGUCUUUUUUCUUUCUUGAUCACGUAACUUGAACAGAUUUUGACCUUUUCUCAUCCUAUUGACCAGAGACUCUACUAUUUAGCAUUAUACACAUCUGUUCAUUGUUCAUCAUUAAUAUGACCAUUCAUUCUUUCUUCAAUCUAUAUACACAUGAGAAAAAAAA